AUGGAAUCUCUUCAUCGCCCCCCAGCUGUCAAUCUGUCCAAUGAUAUUGAUCCACGGAAUCCAUACACCCUAUUCUCUCUCUAUAUCUCAGAGGCAGAUAUUCAGAAUAUUGCCAGUUCCACCAAUGCCUACACAGAGAUUCAGAUAUCAAGGAAUUCAGCCAUCAAUCCACAGGAUUGGCAGACAACUACUCCUGCAGAAAUCAAGAAAUACUACAACCCAGGUUCAAAUCUCUCCAUUGAUGAGAUGAUGAUUCGGUUCUUUGGACGGUCCAAAUACACAAUUAAGAUGUCUCAGAAACCAAUCAGACAGGGAUAUAAGAGCUCCGAGCAGCAGAGCUUCGAGCAGCAUUCAGAGUUGAAUAACAGUAAAGAGGUUGCUGACUACUCAAUUUAUAUGAAUAACUACUUCACAUCUGUUGCUCUAUUCCAUUAUCUUCAAAAGCAAGGAAUUGAAGCUUGUGAAACUAUCCAUCCUGCCAAUCUGCCUCCUCUUCUGCAAGAACUGAAGAACUCUGGACUAUCCUCUCAUAUUCCUUUCAAUACUCUGUUUCAUCUGCCAGACAGCUUUGUUGAACAUGUCAGAAAGCGCCCAGGAUUGAGCUCUACUAAUGGCCCUCAAAUCCGGAGAAUAUUUGAAGAUAACUGGCAAAAAGCUGUGAAGAUUCCUACCAUUAUUGAUGAUUACAAUCAUAAUAUGAAUGGGAUUGACCAAGCAAAGCAGUAUAGAGCUUCCUAUGAGACUCAUAUCCUCACUAAUCAGACCUGGUUGACAAUUCUGUACUUGAUUAUUGACCAUGCUAUUGUCAAUGCUUAUAUCCUUCAUUGA